GGGAAACACUAUUAUGCUAAUGGUGUUUUGCUCGCACUCGCGGGGAGCGGGGUUUAAAAGGCAGCGGCCGGGGGCAGGGGUUCAAAGGCGGGAGGCAGGGCGGCUCUGAGCGCAAGGGAGCGAGUGGACGGGACAGGACGGCAGGAGAGGAGCGGCGGGGGGGCACGCACGCCUUCCCGGCCCGGCGGCGAUGUCCAACGUGCACCUCUCCGGUACCGCCGCCCUGGAGCGCCUCUCGGCCCGGCGAGCCCUGGUCGAGCACGGCCGCAGCCCCGUCUGCAGGAGCCUCUUCGGGCCGGUGGACCACGAGGAGCUGGGCCGGGAGCUGCGGGAGCGCCUGCGGGAGAUGGGGGAGGACGACCAGCGGCGCUGGGACUACAACUUCCAAACCGACACGCCGCUGCCGGGGCCCGGCCGCCUGCGCUGGGAGGAGGUGGAGGCCGGCGCCGUGCCCGCUUUCUACCGGGAGACUCUGCAGGUGGGACGGUGCCGCGUCCCCCUCGUCCGGGCGCCCCCGUCCCCGCCGCCGCCGCCCGCCGCCGGCAAGGGCCCCGGGGCCCGCCUGAGCCGGGAGAACCGCGCAGCGCCCCGCCGCCGCGGCAUGCGGCUCCUCCGGAGGGGCCCGACCGCCCGCAUCACAGAUUUCUUCGCGAGGAGAAAAAGGCCGGCGGAGCCCAAGGCGGCGGCGGAGCGCCCCAGCGGCUGCCCGCCGCCCCCCGCCGCCGUGCCGGCUGAGCAGACUCCCCGCAAGCGGCUCCGGUGA